AGGGGCCGUGGAAGGCAGCUCCCAGCUGGUCUUAUCUAUGGUGUAAUGGCCAGAGGGGCCGUGGGUGGCAGGAGGGGCAGCCACUGGGAAGCCGAUCACGGCUGCCCAAUAAAAAUCUCCAUGUGCUGCGCCCGCACAGCUGCCGGCCCCGGAGUUGCUGAACUUUAGGGCUCGUGGGUUGGCGAGGGAGCCCCACUCGCUAUUAUCCCGGCAGGGAGCCGGCGUGCGCCCUAGCGCUGCGCCACUGGGGCUCCCCAAGGCGGAGGCGCACGAAGCCCCUGUGCGCGCUGCUCUCUCCCGCUUCUCCAGCUGCUAGCGAUGUGGGGCCGAUCUCCCUUCCCUAGCUAGGGCAUCUCCCUGCGCCCCACGCCUCGGCAUUUAAUCUCUCCCCGCACCCACCCACUUCUCCUCCUCGCCACCCGGCGCCUGCCUCUUCCCGGGACCCCACGGAGCGUCUCCAGUAGCCGCGGGUCCCGGGCGCCCCCCGCGCCCCUCUCGGAGGGGGCAGGAGAGUGAUGGUCGGCUCCGCUCAGGUCCAAGUGGUUGAAAGGUGAAUCCGCCUCCAUUUCCGCCCGGCGACGGAGCCCUGCCCACCGCAGGGAGCAGAGGGAACCGGCGCACCGCCACUCCGGGCGCAGCAGGGCUGGGGGACGCCUGCAAAAUGGUCAGCUCCGCCGGGGAGAUUGCAGUGGUCGCGCUGGGUAUUUUACUAGCUGUGUGCCAUGCCUUGGAGAACACAACAUCUGCCUUGAGUGGUCCCCCAGUGGCUGCCGCAGUCCGAUCCCAUUUUAACGACUGUCCCGACUCCCACAGUCAGUUCUGCUUCCACGGGACCUGCAGGUUUCUGGUGCAAGAGGAGAAGCCAGCAUGUGUCUGCCAUUCUGGGUUCGUCGGGACACGAUGCGAACACGCAGACCUCCUUGCAGUGGUAGCUGCCAAUCAGAAGAAACAAACCAUCACUGCCUUGGUGGUGGUUUCAGUGGUAGCAUCCGUCGUCCUUAUUGUGGCUUGUGUACUAAUACACUGCUGUCAGAUAAGAAAACAUUGUGAAUGGUGCCGAGCCUUCAUCUGUAGACACGAGAAGCCCAGCGGGCUCCUAAAGGGGGGAACUUCCUGUUGCCAUUCAGAGACAGUGGUCUGAAGGAGAAUUGGAUUUGACCAAUAUAUUAAUUGCCAUGGCCAGAUGGUACUACUGCAGUAUAAUAAAGGAGGCCUACCCCAUUCCAGAGAAGAACAUUUUUCCACGGAAGAAAAUGCUCUGGAGGGGACUAAUAUCAAGCAUACGCUACAUUACCUUGACUCUUCAUAUGCAUCCUGUAUUAUAUGCUGAGCUUUCAGAACCUUGCCAAAUCGAGGGCACCAUCUCCAUGGGGCUAUCCAAUGUGAAGCCAUGAACUAAUGAGUAGACCACAUCUCCACAAGCAUGGAAUCUUAAAGACUGUUUUACGAGACUUCAGACUCGGCCACAAGAGAACUGCACGUGGGUCAGCUUCAUGUUUAUGUAGAUGUGACAAUCUGUGUGUUGGGGAGUAGGUUUGACACCAGUGAUUGGAAAAAAGUGUGUACAGUUCAGGUUGGAGAUAACUUAUGAGAACACUGUCCAUAUCGGUCCUGCUUUGAGGCUUUACGGAAUGUACCUGAAGGCUGGGUCUUUGGUUCAUGCAUUUGUUACAUAUUUGACUCGUUGGGAGGAGCGGUUGCAGGUCUCUGUUCUCAGAAGAGAGAACCCAAUCCUUUUGAAGGAACAUCCUGUCUGCCUGUGCUGCUGCUGCCAUUGAGACAUUCACCCUGCCAGAUGAAAUCUGGGGGGGAAUACAGGACGAGGUGGACUGGCCCAGGGUUAUCCUGUCCCUUUCUGAUGAUAUUCAAUUUCUCUUCAUCAGGAGACAAGUUGCAAGAGAAAAAUAGCAACGCUCGAGCCAGUGUGUGUGUAUGGGUGUGGGGAAUGUGUUCAAGCCCCGCAAUCCUUUGCAUUUUAAACAUGAUGGCAGAAAAUAUUCCAAGUUAUUGAGGCAGAAAAAUGUGUUUGGGGGUUAAAUGUCUUUGGUGGUGUUGGAAAGCUGAAAAAAUGGGACAUGGAGAUAACCAUUGGCGGCCAUUGGGGUGAUGGAAAUCUAGGCAUUUAGAGCCUGAUCCGAAGCUUAUUCAAGUCUUUCCAAUGUCUGUAAUGGGUUUGGAUGAGGCCCUUAGACAUGUGGCUUUUUUGCAUUUCUUUAUGCUCACUAGGGACUGUUCAGAAAACUUUAGGAGUUGCUAUGUUAUGACAGCAGGAAAUCUAGGGCUCAAUCCUGCAAACCCUUCCACAUGGGAAUAGAUGUAAGUGAAUAAGAUAAUGGGAUCUGAUUUUGAUCUUGCUUACACUGAUGUAACUCCAUUGGUUACUCCUAGUUUACUCUAGUGAGAUCAGAAUCAGGCCGCCUUAAGUAAAUGGGACUAUUCCCUGGAGUAUGGAUUAUAACUUGUAGGUAAAUGUUUACACACCCCUAGACUGUCUUUGAGUCUGAGAAGAUAAACACACACUGUACAUGAUGCAAUUGGAUAACAAAUUUGACAGUCCCACCUGUGAAAUAUUCUUCUGAAUGAUGAUCUGAAGUUUCCUUCCAGAUUUGCCUGGCAAAAUACAGUCCUAGAACCAAAUUCACUUCUAUGGGCAUAGGUAAGGCCUAUCCCUCCACUGAUGUCAGUGAAAUUUCCCAACAGAUGUAAGCAGGAGAAUUUGGCCCUAGGUUUGUCCUGAUGAUUGAAGAGCAUAAUUUCACCCUUUUUUGUUUAGAAGCAAAAUGUUACGGGAGGAAUGCUUGCAACUUUAACCCAGAUCCAUAAUAGGAACAACAUUUUGUUUCUCUAUAGAAGAUAAAUGGGAAACAACUGCCUUACUUAUUCAUUUUCAAACUCUUACCUAAAAGAGACGACAAUCUUAUGAACUUCUGGUUUCCUAUAAUAUAGCAACCUAAUGACUGGCACCAGAGGAAAUUUCAAAAUAGAUACGAGUGAUGGUUUGUUCCAUAAUCUGAUCUGAGAGAGAUCAGCAUGUUUAAACCCUUUGCUGGACCUUGCACCUUGACUCUGAGUCUGACGCAGUCUUACAAUGAACCUGAUUCUACACCUAUUGAGUCCACUCCCCUUGAUUUCCUAUGGACGUAGAUUGACCCUCAACCAAGAUGGCUUUCGUCAAUCUCCGCCCAGGAUUUCCCCCCCACACACACUCAGUUUAAUUCUUUGAUUUAUUUUUAAAGCUGAUUUGAAAAAUUAAUUUUAAAAUAGCAGCAUCUAUGUCUGAGAGGUGGAUAUGGAUUAUUCCCUUUGGCAGUGAAGCUGCAGGCCCUGCAUCUUGAGGGUGUGGCAGCAUGGGGUGUGGUCUUGUCAAUUUCUGAUCUGUACAUGUGACUCCAUCAAUGAUUCUAGGAGUCUGUCAAAGAGGAAAAACCCAACGCAUCUAAUGUCCUGAUUCUGUAAAGCAGCCCUUCUCAGCAAAGCACUUAAGCAUCUGCUUAAACUUUUAAAGUAGGUGCUUAAGUGCUUUCCUGAAUUGGGGAGUAAUUUCUGAAUUAGCCACAAUUCUCCAAUAUCAUCUAAAACAUUAGAGCGCCCUGUCUUCUGUUGACUCAAAACGACUGGAGAAGAAAUAUCUGGACUGAAGUGCAAUGUAACUGUCCUGCAGCAGCUUAAUUCUGCUCCAUCUGAGAUCCCUUAAAUCUCUUUUGUAGGGAGGGACCCUAUUGGUCUGUCCUUGGUUUCUGAGCACUUCAGGAAACUUGGGGCCAAAUUUCCUGCUGGCGUAAGUGGCCAUAAAUUCUACUGAUAUCAGUGGUACACUGACCAUUUCUGUUUGGUGGCAAAUUCAGCCCUUAAUAUUAAAGCGUUGUUGCCGAUGGUCAUAAUUACAAGGGUUGUAUAAAUAGCUUAGCCCUGCCUCUUAGAACACAGGCUUUAACGUCUAACAUAGGGCUCCCAAGAAAAGUUCAACCUCAUUUUUAGUGUCCCUUUUCACCUUUAAAACAUGCCGAAUGCUCCAGCCAUGAGGAAUGGGGAUGGUGUUUUUUAGCACGCUGAUGAUUUUUUUUAAAAAAUGCAUUAAAAUGUCUUAUGGAAGCUGUGCAUUUAGGUCCCAAUUCCACAAGAGGCCAAGUCCCUUAUGUUGCCUCUGGCCAGCCCUCAGCACCCGCAGGGUAGUGCUCUUCCUCUCUCCUUUGCUUUUUAUAUGGGGAAUAAGACUAAAGAAUUGAUUUCUUGUAGCCUAAAUUAUUUAGACUUCUCUUCCUGCCUUGAGGCAGGUGCCCAUGGGGGCUGCUAUGCUUUAUUUCACAAGCCUUGUUCCUUUCAUAGGACCGGACCCUGCAACCAGUACCAACAUACAUGAGCAGAGGGAUGGUUCUUGUGACUAACGGUUGGGCUUAUAAUUCUCUGACCACCCCACCUUGUCCUCAGAUCUUCCAGGGACGUUCCUUCUCAGGAAGAUGUAUUGUCGUUAGCGCUGGGUGCACCCCAAGAAGUUCAUAGGAAUUCAUUCAAAAGCCUGGGUCAGAUUUGCCUUGUGGAUGACGUUCUGAUGCUCUUCACCCAUCCCUAAUGGCAGUAUGGUUUUAAGCCUGGCUGCUGCUUUAACAUCCCAACUCGGAUGUUUCGCAUGUUAAGAUGGCAUUAACACACAGGUAUCUGAUACUCCACUAGGCAUGUCUCUGCUACAUUUUCUUUCCCCAUAAUGGCUUUUCCAUACACACAAGUAUAGACAAUCUAUCCUGUGCCGUGUUGCAGGCUUUAAAUUAAUUGAAACUGUUCCAGGAUAAGAGAUUUAAAAUUAUGCUUGUUCCUUGACUGUUUCUUUACUGGUAAAGUUGCAAUGCAAGGAGAGGGAGAGCAAGGAGAUCAAAUAAAUUGUGGAUUUUUGAUGGUAGGAAAACAAAAAGCUACAGGCUGAAUCUUUGCUGUCACUGAAAUCUAUGGAAGUUUUGCAGUUGACUUCAUUGGCACAGGGGUUCAGCUCUGUGGUUCUAAGGCAAUCUGGAAUUGUCACAAAAGGGUCUCGUUGAAUGUAACGUUGGAAAGAUGAGCACUUCUGGUGACUCAGCACAUGAAAUCCUGGCCCCAUUGUUUUGCCCUCUACCUCCAUGUAGCCCAGCUUUCAGCCUGAGUGUUUAAGUACAAAAAAGACAGCAUGGCCUAGAUUGCGCUCUGUAAGACUGCUGCGAAUUCAGAGCAACUCUGUUCAUGGGGGAGACAUUUUAAAAUCAGUGGGGUUAAUCCAGAUUUAACAGCAAAAUUAGGGUCUAUAUAAUUUACAGCAAAAAAAAACACCUCAUUUGGAGCUGGCAUGUCAAGAUCAAUAAAUGUGAUUGAGGGGGGGAGAGAAGGGGGAUUUUUAAAGGCACAAAGGCUGGAUAGGUGCCCAAUUUCCACAGAAGGUCGGUGAGAGUUAGUUGGGCACCCAACUUCCACAUGUGCCUUUUGAAAAUCACCCCACUUCUUGGAACAUUUUUGCCCCUAUAAUGUGGGCCGUUUACCCAGUGUCCCUGAUGGUCUGACAGAUUGCCUGAAACGUGUAACUGGCAUAUUUUCCCCCCAUUUUGGAUAGUUUUACCAAAAAACCUACUAUGAGAGUGCUAUUCAUUUUUUUUAAAAUAUCACACAUUUAUUCAGUCUUGAAAUUUUAUGGCACUAGGACAGAAAUACCACGUCAUUGCAGGGACCAUGCUCAUCUGAGACAUAUAUUAUCUUUAUUAAUAAUAAAAUCAGCUUUAAUUCUAGGAAACUUCCUCCAGCUGAAUGGUUUAACCUUUUUCAGUCUCUAAGUUUAUUAUAAAUAACCAACCUGAAGCUUUUUUUUAGUCAUGGUUACUCUGUCAUCUGUAUAUGUUGCACUGAAAAAGUUAAUAUUUAAUGUUUUAAUUUAUUUUGCGUGGUUAAAUUAAUUUUGAUUUCUGUACUAUGUUGUGAUUGGCUGUUUUCUCUUUAAUACCUGAAUUCUAGUUAGAGUGAUAAAGUACACUUUUUUCAGAUU